AAAAAGGGCGAGGUGCGACCGGCGACGUCAAAAGUACAGGCGAAGGUUCGCUCUCCUCGCUUUCGACACUUUGCAUCGAUUUCCUUUCGGAGCCGAGGCGUCGGCUCCUUCUUGGCCUAAUUUGUUCACCGCCAACCAACCGAUCCAUGCCGCUCCGGAAGCCAGAUAUCAGCGAUGCUCUCUCCUAUGCACCGCUGCUCGUUGGAACUUCCACAUCUCUCUCUCUUUACUUCUUAAAAGUAUAUUGGGAUUAUGGAAAUGGCACUAGCAGAAAUUGCAGAGGAGAGUGGCGAAAAAAUUCAAACCAAUCCUCUAAUACAGAUAAUACGAGUUCCAGUAAAACAUGCUAAUUUAGGCAUACGAAGUCAUGCCAUGGAUAUGAGCACAAUGGUAGAACUGACAUCAUUUAGUACACUCGGAAAGAUACAGCCUUUCUUGGUGACUAUCACAACCACUGCAGCCUUAUUAGUAGACUUACAUUGUCAUUUAACAGACAAGGAAAUUUGCGGCUAUCUUGGCGGACACUGGGAUAUCAAUUCACAUAAUCUUUCUGUAACAUGUGCAUUUCCAUGUCGAUACUCUGGCAAAGAAAAAUCGGCUGCAGCAGCUGUGGAAGCUGAAAUUGCAAGAGCCAUGGAAUGGAAACGUGUCACACUGGUAGGAUGGUAUCAUUCUCACCCACGUUCUCAUGCAUCACCUUCGUUGAGAGAUGUGGAUUCUCAAUUAGAUUAUCAGAUCAAAAUGAAGGGACCUAGCGAUAACGGAUAUAUACCAUGCGUGGGAUUAAUAUGCUCUCCUUACAAUAUGGAUGGCAAUUGCUAUGAGUCGAAUUUCAAUGUCUUUUGGUCUCUACCACCACCUGAAAAUAGACCUCACGAAUAUCCUCGACCAAUGCUUCUCAGUUACACAUUAUCACAGGAGCAUUUUCUCUCUCAAGAUACUUUGGAAGAGAUUAGAAGAUGUAUAGAAUAUUAUAAGAGCGAAGGCGGCAUCGAUUUUACUGCCAAUUUCAACAACAAUACAACAUACCUUGAACGUUUAAGAUGCUCUCUAGCAUCGAAAUUGCCUGGUCGAAAUAGGUCAAAUGGCUCGUACUGGGAUGUAAUCAGAGAAAUGAUUUGCCCAGGCUCUGAAGAUGGCAAUGUGCCCGAGUACUUGACUAUGAAAUUUCCCUUGGUACCUUCUUCGGAAUCUCUUGGACCACCCGUUCCGCAGGCCGUGGGUCUCGCAGCUAGUAACGCGGCUGUUUUCCUCGCACCGGUCAAUUUCAAACCUGACGGUGGUGCCAUAAUCACUCCCACGUCCAAGCCGUUCGUAUUGCAACCAUCGACCUCUCGGGAUAGUAUUAAAAAAGACAGUAUGGGUCCUAAUGAUGCCGCGUCUAUCACACAGAUAAAAGAUAGCACUUCCAUCGUAAGCUCCAAACACAUAUCGCCAUCAGAGAUAAUACCGAGUUUUCAAUCGGGCGAGCUUACGGUAUCGGUGAAGAAUGCCAAGUGCGAUUACGAUUUCGCACCGGCGGAUUUUUCAAAACUGCCGAAUCCACUAGCUGGCGAUGGCACUAAGAGCCGAACAUCAGCGAAUUCCGACUUUCCGUUAGCGGAUAUCACGCAGCAGAUCACAAAGUUUUCGGAUCUGACGAAGCUGGCGAAUUUCUCCACUGCCGAUUUGGCGAAGCUGUCUAGUUUCUCCAUCGCAGACUUUACGCGAACCUCGUCAUCCUCGCCAUCCACGUAUAUGCGUAACAUUGCGAAUCUAUUCGGGCCCCUCGGCAAAAUGUCGCCGGCAAAGGAUAUGGAAGGUAACGAACGCAAAGCGGGCGACUUCGUUACCGUCGAUGCGAUUCCGUCACCCUUCAAAACUGUCGGCUCGUCGGAAGGUUGCAGAAGCUUCUCGGCGAGCGCCGAGGAUUAUACAAGCGAUCGUAAGAAAUUGGAAGCACAGAUCGAUUCCGCGAAGAUCAGCAGACCAAGCGAAUAUCAAGGAACAGAAGAUCUGACAAUAUCGAGUAUUAAAUCUGACUUUGGAGGCAUGUUGGACAUGACGACGUUGCAUAAGAAGCAACAAUCAUCGCAAUCGGCCGACAUAGGAGAUUCCUUAAAUCUUUCUAAAGAUCGUUAAACCUGUGUAAUAAUAUACUCGAUAAAGAAUCAUAUUAACGUACAGUUAAAUCUAAGAUCAUUAUAUCUAAGGAUCUUAUAUUUGUAUAUUAUUUCAGCUAUUAUUUUUAAUUUUACUGAAAUUAGAAAUUUCCAUGACAGAAUUCUCUCUAAUGCAUUUUAAUAUUAUAUAAUUAUAAUAUGAGUAUUAUUAUAAUUUAGAUGAAUUUUAUUGUGUAGUACAUUUUAAAUAUCUUGUAUUUAUCGAGAUUAUCAGUCUCUAUAAUAAUAUCAGGGAAAAUUGCAUAUAUCUAAAUCUUGCUUAUUUUUAAUAAUAACUUUUAAAGAAAAUAAUAUUUAUCAAAUAUGUUAAGUAUAUAUCCAUGCGUGUGUACAUGUGGAAAGAGAUACCACAUUGGUUACUUUUUAAAAAUUUUACCAAGUUACAAUAUUUUUCUACAGCUUAUGAUAAAGCAAACAACUAUGUUGCAAAAGAAAAAAAAAA